GCAGCGUCAGACGGGUAAACCGAGACGCUGAAGGCCCGCGUGGAGGAGGCAGAGUUGGCCUGGGAGUGCAGGUACUGCAGGGACAGGAAAGCCAGAAAUGGACCUUGUGAGACUCACCCGACUCUUCUCUAGCCCUCGCCUCAUGGGGCUGUCCAUCCUGCAACACCUAGGCCCACUCAGAGCCAUGUGGGCAGGAGGCAAGGAGGGCCCCAUGUGGCUGACUCAGCCCGUGUCAGUAGCCUUCAGUAGCUCCCUCUCUCAACUGCUUCUCAGCCAGGAGAGCCAAAAGAACACUAGAAAUCUCAGCUCUGACCCAAGCCAGCCCAGCCACACGGCCACUCAGGAGGAAGAGGAAGAGGAGAGUUUUGGGACCCUCUCUGACAAAUACUCUUCCCGGAGACUGUUCCACAAAUCGACAGCCCAGUUCUAUAACCUAAGGCUCAGGGAACAGAGUGUCGAGGAUGACGAGGAAAAGGAACUGGAACCCAAAUCCUGGCGGGGUCCAAAAAACACCCCAUACUGGUACUUUCUUCAGUGCAAACACCUGAUCAAGGAAGGGAAGCUGGCCGAAGCCCUGGACCUAUUUGAGAGACAGAUGCUGAAGGAGGAGCGACUCCAGCCGCUGGAGAGCAACUACACGGUGCUGAUCGGGGGCUGCGGGCGGGCUGGCUACUUGAAGAAGGCCUUCCGGCUCUACAACGACAUGAAAAAACGGGACCUGGAACCCUCAGAUGCCACAUACACAGCCUUGUUCAACGUCUGUGCUGAGUCCCCCUGGAAGGAUUCUGCUCUGCAGAGCGCCCUGAAGCUCCGGCAGCAGCUCCAGGCCAGAAACUUCCAGCUCAACUUGAAAACCUACCACGCACUGCUGAAGAUGGCUGCCAAGUGCGCAGACCUCAGGAUGUGCCUCGAUGUGUUCAAGGAAAUCAUCCACAAAGGGCACGCGGUCACAGAGGAGACCUUCAACUUCCUGCUCAUGGGCUGCAUCCAGGACAAGGAGACAGGCUUCCGAUACGCUCUGCAGGUGUGGCAGCAGAUGCUGAGUCUGGGGCUCAAGCCAAGCCGGCACAGCUACAACCUGAUGUUGGGGGCAGCUCGGGACUGUGGCCUGGGGGAUCCCCAGGUGGCCUCAGAGCUGCUCCUGAGGCCCAGGGAGGAGGCAGUCCUGCUUCAGUCCCCAGCAGGCAGGCGGCGGGCAAGGAGAACAGCCCAGACUGGGGCCAGUGACUGCAUGUUGGCCAGGCUGCACGUGGAGGCCCUGGAGAGGCAGUUGUUUCUGGGACCUUCUCAGGCACUUGAGGGGCAUCCAGAGCCUCGAGAAGCCAGAGUGCCCAUCAAGGACCAGCCUGAAGUGGAAACUGAGGCUGAGCCCAACCAUUCAGUGGCCUUCACCCCAGUGGCCCUGAAGCCACCUUCGUUGGAGCUGGAGGUCAACCUCCUGACCCUUGGGACUGUACCCCCGGCUGUGAUCUCCUUUGGGAUGGUGACCACUCCAGCUGACAGGCUGGCCUUGAUGGGGGGCCUGGAGGGCUUCCUGGGCAGGAUGGCAGAGCACAGACUCCAGCCCGACAUCAGGACCCUCACCCUGCUCGCUGAGGUAGUGGAGCCCGCGAGCCCUGCAGAGGCCUCGUUGCUGACCAUCCUGGACAAACACCAGGUGGAGGCCGAUGUGACGUUUUUCAACACGCUUGUGAGAAAAAAGAGCAAGCUGGGAGACCUGGAGGGAGCAAAGGCACUGUUGCUACUCCUGGCAAAGAGGGGGAUCGUCCCCAAUCUGCAGACCUUCUGUAACCUAGCCAUUGGGUGUUGCAGGCCAAAGGAUGGUCUGCAACUGCUCGCAGACUUGAAGAAGUCCCAGGUGACUCCCAACAUCCACAUCUACAGCACCCUUAUCAAUGCGGCCCUCAAGAAGCUAGACUACACCUAUCUUAUCAACAUCCUGAAGGACAUGAGGCAGAACAGGGUCCCGGCGAACGAAGUGGUCAUCCGCCAACUGGAGUUUGCAGCUGAGUACCCUCCUACGUUUGACCGGUACAAAGGGAAGAACACCUACCUGGAGAAGAUCGAUGGCUUCCGAGCCUAUUACAAGCAGUGGCUGAAAGUGAUGCCGGCAGAGGAAACCCCCCACCCCUGGCAGAAGUUCCGGACCAAGCCCAAGAACCGAGAACCCAUCAGGGAGGCUGAUGUGGAUGGAGACCUUGGAGGCAGGUGAUGGGGAACUCAGCUGUAACAAUGUGCCAGGCUCUCAGUGUUUUCUGGGAGCCUCAGGCAUCCCUCCCAUAGUAAAGAUAAG